AUGGUUUUAUUAGAUGAAAAGGGUGACAGAAUCCACGCUUCAGUUGAUAAGGAUUGUGUUGGUGAGUUCAAAAACAAGUUGGUAGAAGGUAGAUCGGUCGUAUUAGACACUUUUAAGGUUGGUCCUUACCAAAGUGCCAUACGCACGUCGAGAUGUUCUUUUAAGAUCAGAUUCUACGCCACUACGGGUGUUAGUCCGUGCUCUGAUUUUCCGGGUCAUGUACCCGAGAAGUAUAUGCUGAAUUUUCAGGAUAUACUAUCGGGUAAUUUGGACAGGUCUUAUUUGAUAGACGUCAUGGGUCAGAUAGUACGUAUGGGUAAUGUCGAAGAGGUUACUGCACAGAGAAAAGCGCUCAGAGACUUAGACUUGAUCUAA